AUGACAGCAGCUCAGUGCCGAGGGAAAAUGAGGAAUGAUGAAAGCUGGGAGGAAUGGACAGUGGGAGGUGGCAGCGUCAUGGAAUCCUCAUGGGAAGAAACUCUUCUGAGUCCUCAUAAAACAUCCCCGGGGACAAGAGCUGUGAAGAAGCAAAUCUCCUUUGGAACAACCCAAGAACGGAAAAUGUUCCCCUACUACUUUGCCCCAGACAGGCUGGGAGUCGAGAUUCCAGGGGUGCGGGGGAACCCUUUGCUGGGGCCAGGAUGUUACCUGAGGCCAGAGGCAAACAUCUUCAAAUCCUCCAUAAGCACCCGACCCAUGAGCAGUCGGGGGUACGUGUUGGGUGCCAGGACAGCCCCGCGCUUCCAGCCGAAGGCUCGGACAGUGACCCCCGGCCCCGCUGCGUACCAGCCUUUCCUGGGGGAUGAGAGGAGGUGCCAGCCUGCCUACGUUCCCUUUUCCUCCAGCAGCCCGCGAUUCCCAACCAGGCUUCUGCAUAAGGAUUUGUUCCCUGGGCCUGGAACUUACAACAUAGAGCAGCCUUCAAACAGAAGAGUCACUUGGCCGAUGAAGUUUGGGGCCCCGGACUGGGAUGCGGUGGCAGCACCACCCAAGAGGAUGGUGAAAAUGCAGGUCCAGAAGAUGACUAUGGAUAAAAAUUUCCAGAAAAAUCAGGGCAGAGAGGCCUACCUGAAGUUGUACCACAGCUGAGGAGCCACAUCUUCCUUUGGAGACACCUACACCACCAGGCUUAAUAAAUCAAAUAUUUGAAAGUUAACAUCAGAAUUUGUUUUAAAAAUAGUUUGAAGAUGUUUUAAAACAUUUUAAUAUAUUUUAAAUGUAUUGAAGAUAUGGUUUAAAAGUAUUUGAAAUGAUUGAACUGAAAUAAAAUCA